AGUUUGCAGGUUAUAUGACCCUCUGCCAAAUACAUAUUUUCAUGGAAAGUAAUAGAGGCAGCCUUGAAUUCUGUAGCCUAUUCGUGAGCUUUACUGGGCUUUACAUAUUAGAGCUUUUAGAGGACUGCAUCUUAGGCACCAUUGUUGAUACUGUUUGUUACAACAACCAAAAAAACUGAAUAUCUUCUUUGAGAAAUCAAACGCUCUGCCUCUCUCUGUACUUGGGAUUGCACCUGGACGACGUCACCACCACUGAACUCCAUAGUUGACAGGCUGCGAGAGAGCUGCGUGCGAAUGCUUCCUUAAACACGCUGAAGAUUCCCCGUGUAGCAUACAAACAAGGGCAGAACAUAAUAAGUCAAAGCAAACUUGAUCGGGACCCUUUUAAACGCUUUAUAAAGGAGGCUGCUGGAUGAGUGGUCACCAUGUCUCCCUUCUUACGCAUCGCCUUUAAUGCGUUUGAUGUGGGUGUCUUGCCACCCCUGACUGACGCUCCCUUCUGUGCAAUUAAGAUGAAGGAGUCCCUCAGCACUGAGCGGGGGAAGACCCUAGUCCAGAGGAAACCCACUAUGUACCCUGCCUGGAAGUCCACUUUCGAUGCCCACAUCUACGAGGGCCGUGUCCUCCAAGUGGUUCUGAUGAAGACCGCAGAGGAGCCAUUGGCCGAGGCCACGGUGGGCGUGUCCGUACUGGCUGAGCGCUGUAAGAAGGGCAACGGCUGUGCUGAAUUCUGGGUAGACCUGCAGCCUUCUGGGAAGGUUCAGAUGGUCGUCCAGUUCUUUGUGGAGGACACAGACACAGCAGUGUUUAAGUCGAACGUGAAGGGGCGUGAAGAGGAGGAUGGGGUGAUGACACUGACCCGAAGGAGAGGAGCCAUGAAACAGGCCAAGGUCCAUUUCAUCAAGAACCAUGAGUUCACAGCCACUUUCUUCGGACAGCCCACCUUCUGCUCUGUCUGCCGGGAGUUUGUCUGGGGAUUCAACAAGCAAGGCUACAAGUGCAGACAAUGCAACGCCGCCAUCCACAAGAAAUGUAUUGACAAAAUCAUUGGGAGGUGCACAGGAACAGCAGCCAACAGCAGAGAGACUAUGUUCCAGAAGGAGCGUUUUAAGAUCGACAUGCCACAUCGCUUUAAGAUCCACAACUACAUGAGCCCUACCUUCUGUGACCACUGUGGCAGUAUGCUCUGGGGAAUGGUCAAGCAGGGCCUCAAGUGUGAAGACUGUGGCAUGAACUCCCAUCACAAAUGUGAGAAGAAAGUGGGAAAUCUCUGUGGAAUCAACCAGAAACUCCUGGCUGAGGCCCUCAACCAAGUUAGCCAAAAAUCCACAAGACGGUCUGAAUCCAACAACUCUGAGUCAACGGACAUUGGAAUCUACCAGGACUUCAACAAAAGCCCAGGAGCGGACUCUAGUGAAGGCUAUGAGAAGCUGUGGGAGGGAGGUAAGGGCCCUGCCCCAGCCACCAUCACCCCCAAGACCCGCCUCACCAUUGACAGCUUUGUGUUCCACAAGGUGCUGGGCAAGGGCAGCUUUGGCAAGGUCCUGCUGGCUGAGCUGAGGGGGCGAGGACAGUACUUUGCUGUGAAGGCCCUGAAGAAAGAUGUGGUUCUGAUGGAUGAUGAUGUGGAGUGUACCAUGGUGGAGAAGAGAGUCCUGGCCCUGGCCUGGGACAACCCCUUCCUCACACACCUCUACUCCACCUUCCAGACGAGGGAACACCUGUUUUUCGUGAUGGAGUACCUGAAUGGAGGAGACCUGAUGUUCCACAUACAGGAUAAGGGUCGCUUUGACCUCUACAGAGCCACGUUCUACUCAGCAGAGAUCAUAAUUGGACUGCAAUUUCUCCACUCAAAAGGAAUAAUUUACAGGGACCUGAAGCUGGACAAUGUGAUGCUGGACAGAGACGGCCACAUUAAGAUCGCUGACUUUGGGAUGUGCAAGGAGAACGUGUUUGGAGAGAAUCGGGCCACUACUUUCUGUGGGACGCCAGACUACAUCGCACCAGAGAUCCUGCUGGGACAGAAGUACACCUUCUCCGUGGACUGGUGGUCGUUUGGGGUACUGGUGUAUGAGAUGCUGAUUGGCCAGUCGCCGUUCCAGGGUGAUGACGAGGAUGAGCUGUUUGAGUCCAUCAGGAUGGACGUGCCUCACUACCCUCGCUGGAUCACCAAGGAGGCUAAGGACCUAUUGGAGAAGCUGUUUGAAAGAGACCCCAGUCGCAGGCUAGGUGUGGUGGACAACAUCCGCGGCCACUCCUUCUUCAAGACCCUCAACUGGCCUGCCCUGGAGAAGAGAGAGGUGGACCCCCCCUUCAAACCUAAAGUGAAAGGCCCCAAUGACUGCAACAACUUUGACCGGGAGUUCCUGAGUGAGAAGCCCCGCCUCUCCCACACGGACAAGAACCUAAUCGACUCUAUGGACCAGACAGCCUUUGCAGGCUUCUCUUUCAUCAACCUCAAGAUGGAACACAUUAUGGACAAAUGAAGGCACAACAAGAUUCCCCCAUCUCUUUGUUUCAACCGCACCAUUAUAAACGCAUAGGAAAGGGAGGAGGGGGAAACCAGUGUUGCAUUUAUCUCUGUGGUGGUUCCUUCAAUAAUGGUGUCUUUCUUUUCCUUGGGAUCAAACCUUGAAUUAAUCCAUGUACUGUACUUUAUCCCCCAACAUACAUCAACACACUCAUUUACACACACCCCAUAGUUCAGUUGUUUAGUAUUGUCCAUGCUGGGAUGUCAGGGGUCAAAUGUGGCUCUCUCACACACCCGUGUGCUCUGCCUACUGUAUGUCACUCUUUCCCGUCCCAUCAUUCACAUCAUUGUUUUGUGUGUGUGUUUUUACUGUCCUUGUGGGUACCAGAAGUCCUCACAAGGAUAGUAAAACAAGGAAAAUUCAGGCAAGUGAGGACAUUUUGCUGGUCUUCACAAGGAAAAAUGCUAUUUUAGACUUGGGGAUUAGGGUUAUAAUUAAGGUUGGGGCUAGGGGUUACGGUUAGGUAUAGUUUGGGGUUAAGGUUAAAUUUAGGGGUUAGGGAAAAUAAGAUUUUGGAUGGCAAUCAAGUUUUUGGCCCCCACAAGGAUAGCAAUAUAAAAGUGUGGGCAUGCAUGCAUGAAUGAAUAUGUCUGAGUGACAGCAUGAAUCUCAAGUAUAUUUUAAAAGUUUUAUAAUGAAAAGAACGUUUACUUUUUCAGGCGCGAAUUCAGUACCCUGUGGAAGGUACAAUUUAAUUCAAUUGAAAGGGUGAUAAAACAAAAACAAAUGAUAGAACACCAAAGUUACAGGACCAGUAGAGGAUGCACAGAUUUAUACAGGCAUGGAUAGUCUCUCACCUUUGUCUGCCCAUCCACAUGAUAUAAAACUAAGGAUUUGUAAAUGGUACUGCAGCUUCCCCACUCUCCGGAACAAACCAGAGCUACUCUGAUCAAAUCACAGCUACUCUGAUUCAGAUCUGCGUUACAGUAGUGUGAAAUGGAGUGGGACAUCAUACUGGAAGGAGUCAAUGUAAUGGUACUCUGCAGUCAUUCGUCUUGAAGGUUAUGGGUGUGUGUUGGAGGGGGAUUCCUUUAGAAAAAGGAUGGAUAAAUUGGGUCUUGUGUUACUUGAAUGUAGGUAUUUUAAAAAGCAAAUAAUAAUAAUAAUAUGCUGUACGUUAAAUUAAAAUGAUAUGUGCAUUGCCUUCGGAAAGUAUUCACACCCCUUGACUUUUUCCACAUAUUGGUAUUACAGCCUGAAUUUAAAAUGUAUUAAAUUUAGAUUUUUGGUCACUGGCCUACAAAAACAAUAACCCAUUAUGUCAAAGUGGAAUUGUUUAAAAAAUAUAUAUAUUUUUUUACAGAUUAAUUCAAAAUUAAAAGCUUAUGUCUUGAGUCAGUAAGUAUUCAACCUAACCUUUUUCUUAAGGCAAGCUUAAAUUAUUUCAGGAGUAAAAAUGUGCUUUUCAAGUCCCAAGUUGCAUGGACUCACUUUGUGUGCAAUAAUAGUGUUUUUAACACAGUCAUAGAAAAAGACCAUCUUUGUACCCCACACACACAGUUAUCUGUAAGGGCCUUCAGUGAAUUUCAAACCCAGAUUCAACCUCAAGGACCAGGGAGGUUUUCCAAUACCUUGUAAAGAAGGGAACCUAUUCAUAAUGGGUAUAAAAAAAUAUUAAAAGACACUGAAUAUUCCUUUGAGCAUGGUAAAGUUAUUACACUUUGGAUGGUGUAUCAAUACACCCAGUCACUACAAAGAUAAAGGCAUCUUUCCUAACUCCGUUGCCAGACAGAAAGGAAACCACUCAGGGGCCAAUGGCAACUUUAAAACAGUUACAGAGUUUAAUGGAUGUGAUAGGAGAAAACUGAGGAUGGAUCAACAACAUUAUAGUUACUCCACAAUACUAACCUAAUACAGAAUAAAAAAACAUGGCAAAGCAAUUAAUUUCUUGUCCUGAAUACAAAGUGUUUGUUUGGGGCAAAUCUAAUACAAAACAUUUCUGAGUAACACUCUCCAUAUUUUCAAGCAUAGUGGUGGCUGCAUCAUCUUAUGGGUAUAUGUCUAAUCGUUAAGGACGGGGGAGUUUUUCAGGAUAAAAUAGAAAUGGAAUGGCGCUAAGCACAGGCUAAAUCCUAGAGGAAAACCUGGAUCAGUCAGCUUUCCACCAGACUCUGGAAGAUAAAUUCACCUUUCAGCAGGACAACCUAAAACAUAAGACCACAUCGACACUGGUUGCUUACCAAGAAGACAGUGAAUGUUCUGGAGUGGCCAAGUUACAGUUUUGACUUAAAUCUAUGGCAGAAUCUAUGGCAAAACCUGAAAAUUGUUGUCUAGCAAUGAUCCACAACCAAUUUGAAUAGGAAUAAUGGGCAAAUGUUGUACAGUCCAGGUGUGGCAUGUUCAUAGAGACUUACCCAGAAAAAGGCUGUAAUCGCUGCCAAAGGUUAUUCUACAAAGUAUUGACUCUGGGGUGUGAAUACUUAUGAACAUUUUUGUACUUUAUUUUCAAUCCAUUUGAAAACAUUUCUAAAAAACAUAUUUUCACUUUGUCAUUUUGUGUUGUGUGUAGAUGGAUGAGAAAAAAUAUUUAAUCCAUUUUCAAUUCAGGCUGAAAGACAACAAUGUGGAAUAAGUCAAGGGGUAUAAAUACUUUCUGAAGGCACUGUAUAUUGCCCUAAAUAGUUACAAUAUUUGGUGACGUAAGGAUAUACUUUUUUUUACUGUCUUCAUAUUUUACAUCUGAUUAUAAAUAAACAGAUAUUUAACUCUAAA